GCACCGCCUAAUCCGCCCAACCAACCCCCAACCAAGAUACAUCCACCACAUCCACCUCCACCACCUCGUCCUUGCUCCCUCAUCGCGAACCUCUCCAGGCAUCCUCUCUCAGCCUUUAAUUCCGCCCACCCCUCAUCCCCAAGAUCCGUCUCCUGACGUAGACCGCAACCAUGUCUCAAUCCGGUGCCACCGUUUCCCAGGAGUGUCUCACUGCCUACAACGACCUGAAGCUCGCCAAGAAGCUCAAGUACAUCAUCUUCAAGCUGUCGGACAACUACAAGGAGAUUGAGGUCGAGCACUCUUCUGAAGAGCCCGACUGGGAGGAGUUCCGCAACAAGCUCAUCACGGCCACCUCCAAGAGCCGAUCGGGCGCCGUUGGCAAAGGUCCCCGAUACGCCGUCUACGAUUUCGAGUACGAGCUAGCCUCUGGUGACGGUAUCCGAAACAAGAUCGCCUUCAUUGCCUGGUCCCCCGAUGAUGCCGGUGUUCAGCCCAAGAUGAUCUACGCCUCUUCCAAGGAAGCUCUCAGGCGAUCACUCACCGGUAUCGCUACCGAGCUGCAGGCCAACGACCCCGAUGACAUCGAAUACGAUACCAUCGUCAAGACCAUCAGCAAGGGCCUUGCUGCUUAAAUGCACCAUCACACAACUCUCCAGACCGUCGUUUUCAAGAUGGCAUGGAACUGAACAUACUUUGGGUCACCUCCGGCGUCAAGCUUGGGGGGCCAACACGAAUGAUGUAGUGAUGGCUGUGGAGAAAGAAAGGGGGGAGGAUGGACGUCCUUCCGGGGUGUGUCUAUCGGGGUUUCUUCUCGGGCGGAUACGUAAAUUUCCAGAUUUGCCAGCCCUUGACCAUGUACCGUAACCAGGGAAAUAAAUACACAUACGGGUAUGUGGAACUUAUUGGCA